AUGUGUACUUAUUUCGAUUGGGAAGAUGAUGGUAAAGAAUUUGAGAUUUCACUUCGUCAUCUUUCACAUGAAGCAUGUGUAGCACUUACUCAGCCGUCUUAUUGGGAACAAUUAAAAAAAGACACAACAAUUUCAAUAUCAGUAAUUGGAAAUUAUGUUCCCAUGGAAUUCGAAGAGAUAAUCGAAGAUGAUGAACCUUCGAGACUUGAACUUAUCAUUGAAAGCAAAAAUGAAAAAGACAAAAAAACAUUACAAGGCUUGCUUUUUUUAAUAUUUUAUAAAGUCAAUAACCUUGAACAAAAUUUUCUAUUAAGAUAUUAG